CAUCAGCUUCUUGACGUUUCCUGCUCGCGAGAUCACCAAGUUUACCCAGAUAUCUACCGAAGCCGCGAUUCAACCGAUCGCGGAUUCACGCCGCUCCCGCCUUCAGAUGGCUUCCGACGAACAUCACGAACUUCACAGUUUGACCCAGACCUCCCCCACUCCGCCGCCGCCGCCGCAACCCCACGAUCACCAUCACCACCAGAAGAGCCACGAACACGGCCACACCCAUGACCACAGCCAUCAACCGACACCAACAACAACAACCACCGCCGACACUUCAGCCCUCACGUCGUCUAUCCCCGCGACAGAAGUCAUCCAUCAUGACCUCCAAGCCCUGCAAGCUGCCUCCGCAGCUCCAUUACCACCCACGAGCAACGACUUAGCCCAGCAAUAUGCCCAAUCUGCUGCGCUGCAGAUGGGCGAGCCGCAGUUCUCUCCGUCACUUGAGAAUUCCGUCCUCGCAGCUCCAGUCCCUGGAGACCAUGCGCCGCAAAAGGUCACACGUCUCCGCCGCGCCUGUGAUAUGUGUAGUCAGCGCAAGGUUAAGUGCGACGAAUCAGGCCCACCAUGUAAGCCGUGCGCAGAUCUCCAGGUCGAGUGCACCUUCAGACGGGAAAUGAAACGACGUGGUCCUCCCAAUAAGCAUGCCGAAGCCGCCAGAGCCGCGAAGCGCCACCAGCUUGAGAACGGCUCACCAAUACCGCACAUACCACCCAUACCACACAUACCGCAUAGUCCCGCCAAUAACGUGAUACCUGUGAUACCUGUAGCGCCGGCAGAUGGCCCUGUUGCGCUUGAUGCCGAAGCUAUAGCGCCAUUGCCCGUCUUGCAGCCGUUAGUCGACGACUUCUUCACCUAUCUCCACCCCCUUAUGCCCUUUCCGCACGAGCCCUCAUUCCGUCAGGCGUUUGCAAACCGAGCCGAUCGGAUGAAUCGCGAGUUCUUGGCGCUAUUGGCCAGCAUGGUUGGUGUGUUGGUCGCAUCUUUCCCUCGCAGCGCUCGCGCCCAUCUCAAGGCUCAUCAUAGUACUGGACUUUUUCCGACGGCAAUUUCCAUGAUAGACCAUUGUCGCUCUAUCGCCCUGGAAGCACGGGGCACCGCCUUCAUGACGAAACAAGAGAUGAGCGUUGACGACGCUGCCACCAGCUACUUCUUAGGUCUGGCAGCCGGGUAUACCUUACAAUGGAAGCCAUGUAGACGCUUCUUAGCUGAGACCAUGUCAUUUUGUAGAGAGCUAGGCACACUUCGCCCACGAGACCUAUCUAGUUCAGGUGGAUAUUUACCUGAUCUUGCUGCGGCAGCAAACUCGAUGGCGAACAAGCCAGUCGAUCAUAUUAAAGAUCAGAUAAGUAAACGGAUUUUCUGGGUCAUGGUCGCUGGCAUUCGAUCAAUGAGCCAAUUAGGAGCCUCUAUCAACGAAUUACCUUUACCUCCGCCAACGACGCAGGAACCAUACCCAGAACAACCCGUUGAGGUUGAUGACGACUAUAUAACUUCCGAUCAGAUCUUACCGCAGCCCGAGGGUACCAUAUCCCUCAUCACUGGGUUCAACAGGAACAUCCGCAUUUACAUGACAAUGAAUGAAUUGAUCGGUGUGGAGAUGUGUUAUGGCAUCAAUUUCUUCGACUGGAAUGCCCAGAAGAACAUCAUCAGUAAUGGCCUUGUGUCAGCUAAGCAGACAAUAGAGGAUCUUCCUGAGCCUUUACAAAUUGCUAAAGGCGAGUCUGACCAGAACAAUGCGUCAGAGCUAGAUCAGGGAGAAAUGAAAUAUUGUCUACCUCAUUUCCCCGAGUCUCAAGCUGAGAACGAUCUUCGGCGGGCGCUCGAGAUUGAACCCCUAGAACGACGCCAGCUGCAAUCAGAAAUACAAAAGGCUAAUAUACAUGCCUCUCAACUUGCGACACGGUCGUAUUUUGUGGAGCGCUAUCUCAACCUUCGGGGGGCUCACUAUGAAAACGCGGAAGCCGCGAAGGAUGACAAGGACAAACUGGUAGCCCAGGAACGAGAAUCAAUCGUACAAGAUCUGUUUGCCGUUUUGACGUCUAUCAGCCAGCGAAAUCUAGAGCCAAAUGGGCAGUCAAUCAUCAACAAGAUUCGGCAGGUUGCUAGCACGCUAGUAGAGGGUGCCUCGGAACAUAAGGGUCCCGUCGCCACUAAAGCCGAGGACUACCUCAACAGGUUCAUUGAAAUCCUAGUUAAACUCGAGAGAUCUGGAACAGCCGCCGUAGUCGGUGCACAGGACGAAGAAGAAGAGCUCAGAAAUUGGGCCAGCCUUCGAGAAUGUCAAGUACAAUUCGUCUCAUCCGGGGGUUUCCUGAGUGGCGAUUUGUAGUUCGGGGGCUACUCCCCAGCACCGGCGCUCUUUCAACAUAACCGUAAUUGUAAUAACAUAUUCGCUGUACAAUACUGGUGGCGUAGCGGAGGGUUUGAUUAGGGCUCCGGCUUACCAUACAAUAGGAGUUCUUGCCAGGAGAUCGAUACCAAUAACUAAAUUUGCUUCAAAUUCGACUUGAUUGUUGCCCUACCGUUAAUUAUGAAUGUGAGGUGAGAUUGCAGGGACGCGAUUCGACUCAGGCUAUCCGAGCUAUUAUCUGCGGAAAACAAAGGUCUUUGGGACCGUGGGAGACGAAGAAUUCGUGGUUCAUAUCAAUUGCGAUGCUUAUUUACUAGUGUGCCGGACAAUAUAGCCUGUACAAAAUAUGUACAUGAAGUCUAGGACAUAAUGACAGUCAGGGUCCUCCACCAACAGCCCCUCUGGCAUAGCGAAUGACGGAACUAGAAAGGUUGUCUACUUCAAAAUAGGUAGCAAGACUGCCUGACCUUUGAGUC